GUUAAGAUGCCAGUAUCUGUAUCCUUUAAUCUUUACGCUUAACGAAAAAAAAAGUGAGUCACACCUGGCAAACCACAACUAUUAGUUCCGGGAUGGCUCUUUGUGCAUGCGCAUGUCAUACUAAAAAGACUCGUAAAAAUAAUGGCCAUAAUGUUUUCUUGGAAGAUAUAAAUAAAUAUUCGAGACGCUUUAAUUGGCUGUGUCUGAAGCCUUGAAAUAUGCCAAGGGCUCACACGUCUUCCGUGUUGAUACAGGUAUAGGCUAUUAGGCUACUUGUCAGAAGCGUACAGAUCUGUUUCUUUCUCGUGUCAAUAUUAUAACUCUUAUACAUGUAUAUCUUUAGACGUUGAAACAAAUGAUACGAGAAAUCGUGUUAUCUUGUAUCUUUUCAUCACAAGAGAGACGAAGUAAACAAGGCAUUAGUUGGACAUUAAGAUCACUUGCUUCACGAUGACCAAUGGGACGAACAGAACUGUUUUGUGUGGUUUUUUUCCGGACCAACCCCAUCGUUGUGAGUUGGUCGCCGGUAUCUAUACAGGCGUCGCAUCUUUAUCUUUCGUCUUCAGUAUCCUGGUGGUCGCGUAUAUUGUGCUCUUCAAGCGUUAUGUGUACUUCUCCCAGCGUCUCAUUAUGUACCUCUGCAUCACUUCCACUUUUGACAACAUGACACACUUUUGGACAGGUGCGUCCACCCACAACCCGACGCUUUGUGAAGCGCAGGCAUUCUUUGAGCAGUUCUGGGGUUUUCUAACGCUAUUUUGGGAAGCUGUGAUCACGCUGAAUAUGUUUGUACUGAUUAGGAAAAAUCACUCUACUCAGGACUUUGAAGACAUUUACGUCAUAUCUGGUGUGAUAAUCACCGUCAUAGUUGCCACAGUUCCGUUUACGCAACAAGCAUAUGGCCCUUCUGGAAUCUACUGCUGGGUGAAAGAUAACUAUGUGGCGUGGAGGAUUGGGAUUUGGUAUGGCCCACUGUAUAUUUUAUUAGCACUGAUGUUUACCUCUAACAUCUAUAUUGCCUGGUACCUUCGAAAAUUGAACCAAGGGUCGGUUAUCAGAGAUCGAGGCCAGAACCCAAACCUGGAGCGAAUGAUAUCUCGUGUUAACCAAGAUGUGCGGACACUCCUGGGCUAUCCUAUAGUUUACCUCGUACUGGCGAUAUUCACUCUGGCAAAUAGAAUACACAACGCCGGCCAUGGAGAUGCCCAGUCGAACUUUGGGCUGGUUGUGAUAUACACUAUUUCUAUCACCAUCACGGGAACUUGUAAUGCUGUAGUAUUCGGUUGGAGCUCUGAAACUAGACACAACCUCAAACCGAAGAUAUUUUGGGCCCACUUGAAGACUUUCUACAAGGCCGAGCAAACCGACAUCUACGAAUUCCCAUUAGACCAAUCAGCCCCUGGUGGGGUCGGGCAAGAUCCAGUUUGGUUUGUGACGUCACCAACCACUGCGCAGGCGCAUGUGGAAGCGGAGUACGGGCAGAGUAACCCAAUUGCCCUUGAUGAAACUGACAUUUGAUAAUUGACAAUGUAUUUGACAAUGUAGAACGAUAUAUUUGUGUGCACUAGAAGAAUUGGGAAUGGAUUAUUGUCUGUUAGGCCCCGUUUACUGUUUUUGUCCAGUUUAGUGAAAUAUUUAGUCUGUUUUAUGGCAGCGCAAACAUUUGUAAUGUGUCAGACCUAUACUGACAAGGGCUA